CUCUGUCCUACUCAUAAAUCUAUUGGUCGUGGUCUCGCCUUCACUAUCCGGCGCUUUGCUCAUCAGACUGCAGUUGUAUUUGGGGGAAGUUGGCAGCUGGCGGCUCACGGCGAAAGGCUUUCCCUCUCUCUCUCCGGCGGUUGGACAGUGGAAUUAUGAGCAGAGCUGACCCAGCCUCUAUCACCCUGUCUUGAGUCUGUUUGUGUUUCACACCCAGAGAAAUUGAGCCGACCAUGGAGACUGGAGUCCGCAUCCUCUUGGCGUUCCUCUUCCAUCAGGUUGCCCUCGUGGGCGGCCAAGAGGAUGGAGGCCACGAGGGUUGUGUACCUGGCUUCCAGGUCAAAAGCUACCAGGUGGCGUACAGCGGGCCCUUCCAGAAAGGCCAGUCACUUUUGCAAGUUGAGUUCGACGACUGCGCAGGGAACGAGGACGUGACGUUUGACGUGUCCGACCCCAGCUUUCACGUGGACGGGGACCUGAAUCUGGUUCCUCAGCGAGACGUCGCGCGCGGAGGAGCUGUCCUGUACGUCCACGGCGUCAGCGCGCACGCGGACGACGUGGCCGUGGUGGAGAUCACCGGGUCGCCCGUGCACUCGGCGCACGCUCUCAGGGAUAUCCUGGGUCUCGGCCAGCAGCUACCGUACAGAUCUAAGAGAUCCCUGCUGAUCCCUCCUAUUAUUGUAACUGAGAACCAGAGAGCUCCCUUCCCCAGGGUAAUUGGCCGGUCUCAUGUGAUUUCAGCAGAGAAGCCAAGCAACCAUUUCUUCAGACUGACAGGCCCCGGCGCCGACCAGGAUCCCAAAGGUCUCUUCACCAUAGACAUGGACACAGGAACCGUGUCAGUCAGCCGCUCACUGGACCGAGAGGCCAUUGACUCCUACCAGCUGGAAGUAUCCACCAAAGACUACGCUGGAAACAUCGUCGAGGGACCGGCCACUCUAGUGAUCACUGUCAUCGACCAAAAUGACAACCGGCCCAUCUUCAAAGAAACCCGUUACACGGGGGAGGUGCUCGAGGGAUCCCCCACAGGAACCACCGUGAUGACAAUGACGGCAUCCGACGCAGACGACCCCGGCACGGAUAACGCGGCGCUGCGCUACAACAUCAUCAGACAGUCCCCAGACAAACCCUCACCCAACAUGUUCUACAUUGAUGCGGAGAGAGGCGACAUCGUCACCGUCAUCUCUCCGCUGUUACUUGAUAGAGAGACGCUGCCGACCACGACGUACGAGCUGGAGAUUGUUGCCAAGGACAUGGCAGGAAGUGAAGUGGGCCUAACAGGAACAGCCACGGCUACCAUUACCAUCACAGAUAAGAACGACCAUGCCCCUGAGUUCACACAUCCACUGUUUGAGGCUCGCGUGUACGAGGGCUCAACGGGCGUCGUGGUCAACCUGACUGUAGACGACAGAGACGACCCAGCCACGGGCGCAGGGAGAGCCAUCUACUCCAUAAUCAGUGGAGAUCCCACGCAGAGCUUUGAGAUCGAAACAAACCCAGACAAUAAUGAGGGGAUGUUGUCCGUUGUCAAGUCUCUGGAUUAUGAAGCCAUGAAGUCCCACAAGCUACUCAUCAGAGUAGAGAACGAGGAUCCUCUGGUUCCUAAUGUCGACUACGGCCCCAGCUCCACAGCCACCGUUUCGGUCACAGUGGAGGACAUCAACGAGGGCCCCGUCUUCUUCCCAGACCCUCUGAUAGUCACCAGGAUGGAAAACAUCCCCGUGGGCAGCUUUGUGGCCUCUCUAAAUGCCACGGACCCAGAUGUUUUAGAGUUCCAGAGCAUCAGGUACGCUGUUCUGCGAGACCCGGCAGGCUGGCUGAGUGUGAACCCAGUCAGAGGAACUGUCAACACCUCAGCCUCGCUGGACCGCGAGUCCCCUUAUGUCCAUGACAACAAGUACACAGCUGUCUUCAUCGCCACAGAUAACGGGACUCCUCCAGCCACAGGUACCGGCACGCUGAUCAUUCACCUGGAAGACUAUAAUGACAAUGCCCCCUAUGUGGUGCCGUCGGUAGCACGAGUUUGUGAGGAUGCCCACGACAUGAACGUGGCCAUAGUUGGGGGCUGGGACAAGGACCUGCCGCCUAAUGCCGCGCCAUUUAAGAUUGAACUGGGAAAACAGCCUGGGCUCGACAAAACAUGGAAGGUCGCGAGGGUUAACUCCACGCACUCCCAAAUCAUGCUCCUGCACAGUCUGAAGAAAGCCAACUACCAGCUUCCGUUGCUCAUCACCGACUCGGGGGUGCCCCCUUUGUCCAACAGCACGGAGGUCAAAGUUCAGGUGUGCAUCUGCAAGAAGAACAAGAUGCACUGCAGCUCCGCCCACUCCCACUCUGCCAGCGCUGUCGUUCUGCUCGCAACACUUCUGCUCACCCUACUUUGCCUGUAGAUUCUGCCGAACACCUCCCGUAGUCCGUUUUGCAACACUGAAAAGCAACGACUUAUCUCCCUCAUGCAACCAAGGCUUAUGUGAGAAGAAGAAGAAGAAGAAGAAGACGCGAGAAGAACUCCUCUUCUCGCCACGACAAAUCAAACACGAAAAUGUACACGAACCCCCACCGGCACAACUGCUGUAUAACACCACUCAGCGUUUUCUUCCUUAUCUUUUUUUUUUUUUUUUCCCACUUCUCACUUAUCUGCUGCCGUCGCCUCCUUCUCUUCAUCUUCGCUCUCCUUGUUGCUUAUGUCCUCCCCGGCUUCACUCUUCUCUCAUCCCAUUUUUUUUCUUGACAUUUACCUCCAUCUGUCCUCUCUAUCCUCCACUUCACCCACCGCUGAUUAUUCCAUUUCUCUCUUAGAGUUUUCGCCGUACUCCAUUUUCGGCCCCUGGGUAUUGCACUUGCAGGCAAAUGCUGAGCGUUGGCAACAUUUAUGGCAUCACGCCCCAUCCACAGAAGAUACUUGAAACAACAUGUAUAUUGAUAUUGUAACACAACAAAGGCUAGAAAUCUAUUUCGUAUCGAACCACACCUUAAGCCUCCAGGCUCCACCACCCUCUCCGGUUCCUCUCAAGCCACUUAGCUUUCUUGGAUUUCCCUAGCUUUCUUUUCCUCUCACAGCUUCCUCUGUUGUCUUUCGUCCCUUGGCUCCAUCUCUUCCCUCCUCCACCCUCUCCACGCAUAGACAUCGUCCCGCUAUCUAUCAGCCUUCCCCAUCUCCUCCUCCCCCCCGUCUGUCUAUUGACCUCCCUGUCUCUCGCUAGGCCAGAGAACACUGCAAAGGCUGAGCUACCGUCCUGGUCGGGGGGGUGGUGGGAGAAGAACAUCGACUUUUUUUUGAUGUGUUCCUUUCUUUUCUCGUCACAGACUGUGUUUGAUCUUGUUUCCCUCUUUAAGCGGAGAGAACAAAGCCUGUUUCCUUUGUCUGCAGUGGUUGUGGUCUUUUAGGACAAGGUGGUAGCCAUAAGCCUUCAAAGUCGGAAACUCUCUGGAGUCGUUUCUUCGAUUUGCUUCUGUUUUUAUUGCAUUAGUUGUCAUGGAGUGGAAAACAGUAUAUCUUUAUAGUAACGGUGUAAACCCUAAAAAAAAUAAAAUAAAAAAAAGUACUAUGAUAUAAAUAUUUUAUUUUUUACCAUUGUAUAAAUAUACAGUAUUGAUUAACUUAUGUACUUUGAUUGCAAGUUCUUUGGUCACCCACACAGUGAGUAAAUAAACUUCUCCUUUUUUUUCCCCCCCUGUGGAUUCUAGACACUAUUUCUAAUGCUAUUGAUGUGUUGACUAUUUUACUGUAACAUCGUUUCUUUUGUUGUUGUUUUUUUUUUUUUAAAAAAAGAAAAAAAAAAUCUGUGAUUAAUUGCAGAACCAGGAGUCUUAGUUUUGAUGACUGCACUUGUGAUUAGGUUAAUUAUUAUUUUCUUUGUCUCCUAUCACUUUUUUGUUCUGCCCUCUCCAGCCAUCUCUCAUUAGGGUCACAAGAAGAUGUGUAAGAAGAAAACAAAGGUGGUUUUGGUGGAUAGUUUUGCUUUUUUUUUGUGUUUCUCCUCCUCUCGGCUCAUCUUGAAGAACUUAGCGUGUGUGGGUUCGUUUGGAAGACCACCUUAAAGAAAAAUAUGACAUUUUGAAUGAGUUAUGUCUGUCUUUUGCACUAAUUUAAUAAAGCCGUUACUGAAAAUUCC